GGAGAACUACCGGAGAGAGCGAGUAUAUCAUACUGUCUAUGAUCCAACAUCAUCACUUCCUCCUUUCCUUUCAAACCAACAAAUCAUCAAAGACAAACAGAUGACGGGAAAUGCUGAGCAUUUGUCAGAAGUCUUAGGAGCACAUUUCCAUUGAUUUUCAUUUCACUUGGUGUAAAGGCUAUCCGGCCCGAAAGAAUUGACAUUGUGCACCCUACAUCGCAACCUUUUCUCACUCCUGUCCAUGCUGGCCAUCAGGAUCGACUUCAUCUAGGAACGAAUCUUUUAUGUCUUAAUCUACACAAUUCUCAAGACAUGCUCUAAAAGAGGAAUUCAUCAUGUCAGCUACUGAUGAUACUUCGGAGAGGCGCUCCAAAGCACAAUCUUACUUUGAUCGAUAUCCAGAGAGAAAAGGUCAAGGUCCAUACAUACCAAAAGCAAAGUUAGUACAUUCUACUUCCUCCAAAUCGGUCACAAAGGAUGUAAAGGCGGCUGAAAAAUGCAAAGAUCAAAAGCAGAUCGAGAAGCCUGAGAAGCCUAUCUGCGAAUCAAGAGCGUAUCUUGACAGCAUUCAUCGAAGCAGAGCAAGGCGGGAUCGUGAAGAUACUACAGACUCUGUACGGCAGUGGCACAGUAGAUCUAGUGACAAGUCUGGUUCAUCCAACGAAAAGAAAUCGACAGAUAGCACUUUCAUCAGAGCAGAAGGAGCGCCAACAUUGAAAGAAGUACGAAGCAGGGUAAACCAUGCCUUCCCUGCUUCUUCAAAUCCCAAAACUACAUCUCUUUCUAAUAGCUCUUCAAGUUUACCUCCACAAAACAUCACUCGAAACCCUAGAGCUGAGGCAACACUCGAAGCAAACGCAGAUGCCACCAAUUCGGAGAUCCGAGCUGCACGCUCAUGGACUGUCACUGACGAGAAGAUUUCAUCUGGUCUGCCCUCGUCAUCCUUCCCAAACGGGAAGGUUGCCGCCUUGACUUCAGAAUUUGAAAAUUCAAGAAAAUUCGAUGUCCAUCGUCCAAGAAAGGCUGACAGGAAUCGAGGCGAUGUGGCAGCAUCUACACCAUCUUUCUUUCCUCAAGAUUAUGGAAUGUCUAGUGAAACAUCUCGAGCACCUUUGGCUUCUUCGAUCCCUCCCAAGAGAGCAACAGAUGACCCAUCUCUGCAGCGAAAGGGUGUGCCCACCAUUGAUGAUAUCAUUCGGCGAAAUACACCCACGCUCGACCUAAGCGAGAACGGUACAGUUACUAUACUUCAAACGAGAUCUUCACCGCCCUUUGAGCGAAGGCCUAGCGGAAAUACGAUCUAUAGCUGCUCAUCGGGAGAGGCAUCAAGCAGGUAUACUUUUGGCAAAAAGUCAUCAGGAGAAGCUUCAGAUCGCUAUACGUACGGGAAGGAAUUCGUUGAACCAAAUGGAGGAGAAGAGUCGGAUUCUUCUCUAGAUUCCGUAGAACGUGAAAUUCAAAACUCGCUGAAGUUUGGAGGAACGUCACUUUCACGUAGCUCAGGCAGUCAAGAUCGUAAAACGAUCGCUUCCGUUUCACCUGCUCUACAGGCAACCUUUACCGGACCUGCGCUUCCUACAAAGGAGCGAGCUAGAUCACCUUUGCAAUCGGAUCAUCUAGAGCGUGGCGGAUAUGACAGUUCAGUUCUUAGACCCCAUCAUCAUCUCAUGAUCCCUUCUGCUUCGGCACCUAUACUAUCUCACAAAAAGAGUACCCCUACCCUGAAAUUUUCAACGCCUCGCUCACCGCACAAGCACAAAAGAGUUGGUUCCAGACAUAAUGAAAGGUCAUUUUCCGACGUAUUUGGACGGCAAUACCAGAAUGGUGCUAAUAGUGGACAGGAUUCCGAUACUUCAAGCGGUCUAAAUGUCCCAAUUAUUCAUCGCUCAAAGUCUAGUGCAGAUCUCACUGGUGGUAUGCGCAAGGCUUUGUCGCCUUUGAGAGACAAGAAGAACAAUAAUUCGUCCACUUCUACCCUUCCACCGGUUCCUCAAGUGCCCAGUAAACAUGCAAAUGCACAAAAGGUGCAAACGAGUUCGCCUUACGAAACGAAUGAAGCAAAGAUGAUCAGAAGAUAUGUUUAUUCGAAUCGGCUCACACAACUUCUCACACUUUCUAGAUUGCCCUAUGCUGGCAAGACUGUCAGUUUUGCAGAUGUGGGCAAUGCGAAUGGACAUGUGGUGAUCAUCUUUAUGGGUCUGGGCGCCGUACGUUAUUUGAUUGGCCUAUAUGACGAAAUGGCAUCAGCGUUGGGAUUACGUUUGAUUUGUAUCGAUCGAUGGGGGAUGGGUAAGACGGACGAUUUACCGUCUGAUAAGCGGGGAGUUCUGGAGUGGAGUAAUGUCGUCGCUGAAGUGACAGAUCGAUUGGCAAUCCGAAAGUUUAGCGUUUUAGCACAUUCAGCAGGAGCACCUUAUGCAAUGGCUACAACAUUGAUGCAUUCUGAACGUUUGGUAGGGCCAGUACAUCUUUUGGCUCCUUGGGUUAGUCCGGUCAUUGAAAGUGGAUACAAGUGGCUACGAUAUGUGCCAGACGGGGUAAUCAAGACAGCUCAAGCUGCAGAAUGGAGAAUGCAAGGAUGGAAACUGGGUGUAGGAACAAGACCUUCCACCGCUUCUGGCGAUGACGUCGAUUUGGACACAUCUUGCCUUUCCCAAGAUGGUGGACACGACAUCAGCCCUGAGGAUCAUUCUUUCGAGCGGUAUGGAGGUUCAUUCACCAAUUCUACUGUUGCAUCAACUGCCAUGUUUCCUCAAAGGAGCUUCGACAGUGCAUUGAGUACUUCUUCGAGUGCUAAUGCAGAAGUGCUCACAGGAUCUUCCUAUGAAACCUCGCCGACAGCAACGUCCGUUCACACAAUCAAUCACAAUACUGCUGGCUUGAGCAGGUCCCACAAAUCACAUCACACAUAUGACAGAGCAUCCUCUUCCCAUCAGAAUUCACCACCUUCGCGUUCUUCAAUGUCAAGUUUAGCAGAGCAUUACGAUAUUCUGAAUGCAUGGCAAGCUCAACUUGGUUCGGAAGAUUCUGACCGACUUCCUUUGCCGCCUCCAAAGACUCCUACAAAAGAUCGGUUGGGUCCUGGAGCUGCUUUGGGAUCAGCAUACUCUCCAUCAUCCAAUGCAUCACCGCAUGCAAACAAUCUCAAAACAUCUCCAAAUGCAACAGUUGAUCUUCCAACAGAACUUUUACGUGCUUCGCAUGCCGAAAGUGGUGGAAGUUCGCAUGAUUUACUAGUUAUCCUUGGUCGUUCAUCACAAAAGCCAUGGGGAUUCGCUUACACGGAUGUAGACCAUCCCGUUCGUGUUUGGUAUGGCGACAAAGAUGAAAGGAUCAGUAUGUCAAGCAUUUUAUGGAUGGAAAGAGAGAUGCGUGAUUGUCAAGUAACAUUUGUCAAGAAUGCUAACCAUAGCUUGAUGACCAACGUAAGCGUUGUGGUAGAGGCUUUGGAAAGCAUUGCAUCUUGUUAUUCUUCUUUGACAUAGUGCUUCUCUCUUUUCAAACAAUAUACCCUAUUCAUUUUCUCUUUUUUUUCGGCUUCUCUAAUUGCAUUCACACAGAAUUGUGACACACAACAAAUACCACUCAUUUAGCACAAACAUCUCUUCAUGUACUACUUUGCAAUCGUGAAAUUCUUAAUCGAAUCGGAUAUU